UUACAUCUUGAUAGUUGGUGUAAUUAUUAAUACUAUUGAGAUAAAGCAGUAAUUUUUCAGCGGAAACAUUAACCGCAAUCGAGUUACUUGCCCGAGACUUUUCUCUGGACCGGACAUUCGGGGCUCCUUUAGCUCGUCAUGUCGGAUACAUGGAGCAACAUUCAGGCGCAUAAGAAGCAGUUGGAUUCGCUUCGGGAAAGGCUACAGCGGCGACGGAAAGACCCAACGCAGCUGUCCGCAGACAGUGGGACCGUCCCAGAUGGCUCUGCAGUCAGGAGUGACAGCCCGGCUCCACCAGCUCCAUCCAGCUCUCAGGAGGAGACAGAAAAACCACCGGAUCCUGAGCUGGAGAAAAGGCUGCUGGGAUAUCUGUCUGACCUGAGUCUUUCGUUGCCUAUAGACUCCCUUGCCAUCAGUAAUGAACUCAACAAUCCUGAAGCUGCCGCCAGUCAUGGAUGCAUCCAGAGCCUCCUGCUAAAGUUCUCAGCUCAGGAGCUCAUUGAAGUCCGACAGCCCACGUCCGUCUCUGCCUCCUCCGCGGUUCCCUCCUCCACCGUCGUGGUGGCAGUGGAUCACACCAAGCUGUGGGCCAUGAUUGGAUCCGUGGCGGGAUCCCAGAGGACGGCGGUCAAGAGGAAAGCAGAAGACGUGGCCUUCAGUAGCAGAGCCGGCAGCUUCUCGCCUUCCCUUCAGAGCUCUGCUUCUCCUCCACGCUCAUCCAUCUCCUCCCUGACGCCCGCCUCCUGCUCCCAGCUGACUGGCUCCUCUGCGUCGGGGGGCGGAGCCGAGAAGAAGGGCAGGAGCAACAAAAGCCAGUCUUCUCACGUGGACAUGGAGAUCGAGAGCCUGUUAAACCAGCAGUCCACCAAGGAGCAGCAAAGCAAGAAGGUGAGCAGAGAAAUCCUUGAGCUGCUGAACGCCAGCACCGCCAAAGAGCAGUCCAUCGUGGAGAAGUUCCGCUCGCGAGGACGCGCUCAGGUCCAAGAGUUCUGCAACCACGGGACCAAAGAGGAGUGCGUCCGCUCCGGGGACGCUCCUCAGCCGUGCACCAAGCUGCACUUCCGUCGCAUCAUCAACAAGCACACAGACGAGAGCCUGGGCGACUGCUCCUUCCUCAACACCUGCUUCCACAUGGACACCUGCAAGUACGUCCACUACGAGAUCGACAGCCCGCCGGAGGCCGAGAGCAGCCUGGGGCCGCAGACGGGGGGCGCGGAGGUCAGCCUCUGCGCGGGGGACGCCGACAGCAACGUGGGCACUCUCUUCCCAUCGCAGUGGAUCUGCUGCGACAUUCGUUACCUGGACGUGUCGAUUCUGGGUAAGUUUGCUGUGGUGAUGGCUGACCCCCCCUGGGACAUCCACAUGGAGCUGCCCUAUGGGACUCUGACCGACGACGAAAUGAGGAAACUCAACAUCCCAGCCCUGCAGGACGACGGCUUCCUCUUCCUCUGGGUCACUGGCAGGGCCAUGGAGCUGGGGAGGGAGUGCCUCAGCCAGUGGGGCUACGAGCGUGUGGAUGAAAUCAUUUGGGUCAAAACCAACCAGCUUCAGAGAAUCAUCCGGACGGGCCGGACGGGACACUGGCUGAACCACGGGAAGGAGCACUGCCUGGUGGGCGUGAAGGGAAACACGCAGGGCUUCAACCGAGGUUUGGACUGUGACGUCAUCGUGGCCGAGGUCCGCUCCACCAGCCACAAACCAGACGAGAUCUACGGCAUGAUUGAGAGGCUCUCCCCCGGAACCAGGAAGAUCGAGCUCUUUGGACGGCCUCACAACGUCCAACCCAACUGGAUAACUCUGGGGAACCAGCUGGAUGGCAUUCACCUGCUGGAUCCUGAGGUUGUGGCGCGCUUCAAGAGUCGCUAUCCAGAUGGCGUCAUCUCCAAACCUUAAGGCCUCCUGCAGGAUGCGCUUUUUUUUUUAAUGCCUGUAAAUAUUAUUUUUUUUACAAAAACUGACCAAAUUGAAAGUCUCUGUCAAAAACGACAAAAUACAUGUAAAUAAACAACUUUCUGAUAACAAA